AUGGUGUUAGCCGAUCUCGGCCGUCGGAUCAAUGCUGCUCUAGCUAAAAUCAAUAAGGAGCCUGUAAUCGACGAAAAAGUACUUGAUGCUGUAUUGAAAGACAUCUGUCAUGCACUUUUGGAAGCUGACGUAAAUGUUCGUCUGGUCGGAAGUUUGAGAAAUAAUGUAAAGACUGCAGUCAACAUUCAAGAUCUUGCCGCUGGAAUUAAUAAGAGGAGAGUCAUACAAAAAACUGUUUUAGAUGAGCUUUGUAGACUUGUUGAACCUGGUACUGAACCAUAUAAACCAAAGAAAGGUGCAACCAAUAUUAUAAUGUUUGUUGGUUUACAGGGCAGUGGUAAAACAACAACUUGUACAAAAUUGGCAUAUCAUUAUCAACGUAAAGGUUGGAAAGUAUGUCUAGUAUGUGCUGAUACAUUUCGUGCUGGUGCAUUUGAUCAAUUGAAACAAAAUGCUACUAAAGCAAAAAUACCAUAUUAUGGAAGUUACACUGAAACUGAUCCUGUUCAAAUAGCCCAUGAAGGUGUUGAAAAAUUUAAAAAGGAGGGUUUUGAAAUAAUCAUUGUAGAUACUUCUGGGAGACAUAAACAAGAAACUGAAUUGUUUGAAGAAAUGAAACAAAUUUCUGCUGUAGUUAAUCCUGACAAUACUAUUUUCGUAAUGGAUGGAACAAUCGGUCAGGCUGCUGAAUCUCAGGCAAAAGCUUUUCAUGAAGCUGCUGAUAUUGGUUCGAUUAUAAUAACUAAAAUGGAUGGUCAUGCAAAGGAACAUAGGAAUGAUCUUACGUGGAAUCAAGGGUUUGGAAGUUUCGAAAGUGAACCGAGCGAUUUGUUAUUUGAUACAUGUGAAUAUCAAUCGAAUUAUAAUUAUCAAACCUUUAAUUUGGAUAAUGGAACAAGUUCACAAGAUACUCAUAAUCUUGCAUCGAAUCAGGGCUUUGAAAGUCUGGAAAAUGAGCCGAAUGAUUUGUUAUUAGAGAUGGACUAUCAAAUAGUUGAUUCGGAUGAUGGUAGUUCUACUAUCAAUUUGGAAAAUGAAACAAGUUCACAUAAUAAUGAAGAAUCAUGUAAAGACACUUUGCAAUUAUAUAUUGGUCGUUCGUUUAAUGAAUGGGAGGAAGUGGAUAAAUUCUUGGAAUUAUUUGGAAAGUGUAAAGGGUUUUCUUUUAGAAGAAACAGGAAUGAAUUUCACUCAGACCAUUUAAGCAUCUGUUAUCAUAGUUAUGAAUGCUCAUAUUCACGUGUGCAUAAGGCUAAAAAAGUAGUUGAUAUAACCAAGCAGCAUGAAAAGCUCUUAGCAACAAUAAAUUGUAAAUGGCAUGUUAAUUUUAAUAAUCGUAAGGAAACUAAGGAGAUAAUUUGUACCUCUCUUGUUGAUAAACACAAUCACGAAAUGAAUCCCUUAGUUGCUCAAACAGCGCCACAUUUUCAUAAAUUGUCAAAAGAGAUGAUUGAGGAUGUAAGGUUUUAUACAUGUUCUACGGAGGGUAUAGGCUUGCCUCACGUUGCAGGUCGAUAUUUUCCAACUAUAGAUUCUUUGAUCCAGGAGUACUUGAUUUCAUAUAUUCUCUCUUUACAAAGACAGCAGCUUUCUAAAAGUUUUUUGUACGAAGCUACUGAACUUUCUUUUGAUUGGAAUAAAGAUUUCUCUGAACCGGAAAAUGUCAUGGAAGAUGGGUAUAUCGAAGAUGAUUACGAGUGGCGUCAAACAGGUCUUAGGUCACUGCUACAAACUUUAAAGUCUCAGCUUCGUACUAGCAAUGUACUUAUUUCAACUUUGAAAAAAUCCAAUAGUGAGAAGAGCCGUUGGUCUAAAGGCUACGGAAUAUCCAAGAAAGCGUUGAAUCUAAUGAUACGUCUUAACUGCAACAAUGAGUUUUUUCAAAUGAUGGAAGAGUUUAUUUCUUCGAAAACACGUGAGUUAGAACUUUUGAAAAACAGGAAGGAAAAGAAAAAUGAUAAAGAAAAUGAUAAAGAAAAUGGUGAAAAUGUAAUUGAAUCACAACAAUAUGUAGUUGCGAAUCCAUAUGUAACUAAAUGUUGUGGUAGACCACCUAAACGUUUCAAAGAUGCACUUGAAAAUAUUACUAAUACUUGUCAAAUGGUGGUUCAUAAUGAGCAAUGUGAAAGAAAAAGGAAUAAAUGUAAUAAUUGUAGGAUUAUAGUUAUAAUGUUAGAACCUGUUCAGUAUAAUUGA